CCCCUCUGCUCACCGCACUCCGUUGCCUGAUGGCGUUGCCGGCGGCGGGGACGCCGCCCUUCCUGACGAAAACUUACGCCAUGGUGGAGGACUCGGCCACGGACGAUACGAUCUCGUGGAACGACACCGGCACGGCCUUCGUGGUGUGGCGCCCCGCCGAGUUCGCCCGUGACCUUCUUCCCAAGCACUUCAAGCACAGCAACUUCUCCUCGUUCGUCCGCCAGCUCAACACCUACGGAUUCAAGAAGGUAGUCGGGGACAGAUGGGAGUUUGCCAACGACGGCUUCCGGAGAGGCGAGAAGCACCUUCUCGCCGGAAUACAGAGGCGGAAGGGGACCGGCGCCGUGGCGGCGGUACCGGUGCCGGGCAUACCGGCGGGGAUACCGUUACCGCUCUCGUCCCCGCCCACGAGCUCUGGCGGGGAGCCGGCGGUCUCCUCGUCGCCGCCGCGUGGCUCGACGGCUGGAGUUAGCGGCGCGGUGGCCGAGCUGGAGGAGGAGAACGCGCGGCUGCGACGCGAGAAUGCGAGGCUGGCGCGGGAGCUGGCCCGCGCGCGGCGCCUCUGCGACGGCGUGCGCCAGCUCAUGGCUCGGUACGACGACGACCAAGGCAGAGGCGGAGAUGAGGAUCCGGCGGACGGCGACGAGGGGCAUGGCGGCAGUGGGGAAGGUCCCAGCGGCCCAGAAGUGAAGCCAAUGCUGUUCGGCGUCCCAAUCGGGGCCAAGCGGCUACGCGGUGCGCGUGGUGAUGGAGACGAUGUAGAUGACGGCGAGGACAACGACGAGGAACAAGAUGAAGACGACGAGAGGCAAACGGUGCGGAAGCAGGGGGUUAAAGCGGCCAGGAGGAACGAGGCGUCGGAUCUGGACGUGCUGACGCUGUCCGUGCGGGCGGCCGCGGCGGCGAGGACGGGCGGAGGAUCACGUGACCGCAAAAGCCCCAUUAACGCCCACCCCGAUAGGAGCCUCAGUCUAGGGCUGAAAUGACUGACACUCGUGUAGAGUACUGUAGUAUCGAUUGUAGUAUUGUAUUGAGUGGUGCUGCACGGUUGAAUUGAAUCAUCUAGAAAUCAAAAUUUA